UUGAAAUAUAUUUAUAUAAGAGUGGAAGAAUCUGAACUAGAUCGACCAACAUGUGCUAUUGAAGCUCUCAGAGAAUGCAACAAGGCCUUAUUUCCAAACAUUCACAAACUUUUAAAUAUCUUGGAGACACUGCCUGCUUCUACAUGUACUCUUGAGAGGACUUUCUCUUCUCUGAAACGCCUCAAAAAUCAUUUGAGAAACUCCACAGGCCAGGAAAGACUAAACGGUUUGGCGUUAAUGUCAAUCCACCGUAGAAUUGACAUCGAAACCGAGGAGGUAAUUGAUUUGUUCGCUGCAAAGAAAGCUAGAAGACUAAAUUUAAUUAUGUAA